AUGAAGCAACUCCUCAAUAAGAAGAAAUAUCUAGAAGAGGAAACAAUUGAAGUGCAGGGCAAUUGCAAUGCUAUUAUACAAAAGACUCUCCCUCCAAAAUCUAAAGAUUUUGGGAGUUUCACCAUUCCUUGUACAAUUGGAAAACAUGAUAUAGAGAAGGCUCUUAUUGAUUUAGGGGCUAGCAUCAACCUGAUGCCCCUAUCUAUGCUUAAAAAGAUUGGUGGUCUUGAAGUCAAGCCAACAAGAAUGAUGCUUCAGUUGGUAGAUAGGUCCAUCAAAUACCCUUAUGGUGUGGUAGAAGACGUGGUGGUGAAGAUUGAUAAACUCCAAUUCCCGGUGGACUUUGUAGUGAUGGAGAUGGAGGAAAUUUUGGCGAACGAGGCAGCUCUAUCGUUAAAAUUUUGA